AUGAAUGACCUUUUAUCAAAUUCCUUCAAGAAGUACACCGACCUGAGGGAACAGACUCGGAUGGACGACCUGGAGGCCGGGAAGGAGAACAGCAACCUCGACAAGUUCUUCGAGGACGUCGAGAAUGUCAAGGAAGACAUGAAAACCGUGGAGAAGCUGCACAAAUCUCUGCAGGAGGCCAACGAGGAAUGCAAGACUGUGCACAACGCCAAGACUGUAAAGGCCCUGAGGGCCAAAAUGGACGCCGAUGUCGGUCAGGUCCUGAAGCGGGUCAAGCUGAUCAAGGGCAAGCUGGAAGCGCUGGACAGGUCGAAUGUCGCAGCUCGAAGCGUGCCCGGAUGUGGGCCCGGCUCAUCGGCGGAUCGAACGAGGACUUCUGUGGUCGGAGGGUUGGGGAAGAAGCUGAAGGACCUGAUGGACAAUUUCCAGAACCUGAGGGCCAAAAUGUCUGCAGAGUACAAGGAGACCGUGGAGAGGAGGUACUUCACCAUCACGGGGGAGAAGGCGAGCGAGGAGCUGAUCGACGAUUUGAUCGCGAGCGGGGAGAGCGAGAGCUUCCUCCAGAAGGCGAUCCAGGAGCAGGGGAGGGGCCAGAUUCUCGACACGAUAGCGGAGAUCCAGGAGAGAAACGACGCGGUGAAGGAGAUCGAGAAGAACCUGAUCGAGCUGCAUCAGGUUUUCCUCGACAUGGCUGCCCUCGUCGAGGCUCAGGGACACCAGCUCAACGACAUCGAGAGCCACGUCGCGCACGCUAGCUCGUUCGUCCGACGUGGGACGGAGCAGCUCCAGGAGGCCAGGGAGUAUCAGAAGAGCUCCAGGAAGUGGACCUGCUACGCCAUUAUACUGGGGAUUGUGUUCAUCAUUCUGCUUCUGCUCCCCCUCGUGCCAUCUAUCAUAGCUCUCAUACAAAGCAGCAGGUGA